AUGCUUCGUGCGCUGCUGCUGGGAGCGUCGUCUCUGUGGCUUUGCCAUGCUAUGCCAAAUACCACGGGCAAGAUUUGCCAGUGGGGCUGCUAUGAUGAAGAGGACGAAGCUUGCCACGCAGGGCUUACCAACAUGGCUUGUGCUGAGAUCUACGGGCAUCUUGUCGUUGUGAAUGCUUGUGGCAUCUUGCACGUGGAGUGGAUCCAGGUGUGCGACUGCGUUGACGAGGCGACGGGCCUGCGUGAUAACAUCACGGUCGCAGCACCGAGGCUGGCACCCGCAAAUCUGUACUUUUCGGUGCCUGCCUUCGUCGUCCUCUUCCGUGAGAGCCUGGAGGUCGUGAUUGUCCUAGCCAUCAUCAUGCAAUUCCUGACCAAGAUGAAGAACGACGGCCUCCUUGAGGUGGGUCUCUUCUACAAGUUCCGCCGCGAGGUCUACCUCGGAGCCUCCUUGGGCUUUGCUCUUUGCCUGCUCUUCGGUGUGGGCUUCCUGGCUCUGGCAUCCUUGACCUACCAGCUUUUUGAUGGCGAUAACGAGCGCAUCUUCCAGUUCUGCAUGAUGAGCCUCACUUGCAUCGUGCUGACCUUCCUCGCAGUGAAUUUCUACAAGAUGAUCUACUCCAAGGAGGCCCACGAGCGGAAGAUGAAGCGUCAGAUGGAGGAGACACUCGAAGCGACCCAGGCGGCUACAGAUGGGGGGGAGGUGGCUUUUGGCAAGAAGCAUGCCUUCUUUGUCUUGGCCUUCACCACGGGUCUUCGCGAGGGCUUAGAGUCCAUCGUGUUCCUCGUGGGCGUCAUCUCGGACGUUAAGGAUCUCAGUGCCUUGCCCCUGCCGAUCAUCAGCGCCCUGGUCUUGGCACGGCUUGUCGGGUGCUGUUUCUUCCAGGGAACAAAGGGUCUGAAAGUAGACUGGUUCAUGCGGGUUUCGGCUGUAUUGCUCAUGUGUAUCGCGGCCGGCUUCUUCUCGGCCUCCAUGCACCAGCUCCAGGAGCUGGAUGUUUUCGGCACAUGGAGUCCAAGAUCCGAGCGGCCCUGGCAGAACGUGAAUGUUUGGGAUGCCACCGUGUGCUGCAACGAUAAGACGAAUCGAUUCUUCGUCCUGAUGAGGGCUCUCUUCGGUUGGCAGGAUCAGGCAACACCUAUCGAGAUUAUCGCCUACAUCUUGUACUGGGUCGUGGCGACCAUUAUCGUCAGCCUCAUGGUGUGGCACGCUAAGAAAAAGAUGCAGAAGAUGGUCGAGAAAUGGCGUUUGGAAGAUGAGGCCUUGAAGACCGCCCGUGAGGAAGAGCCCACGACCAUCGGCCUUCAAGCCGAGAAGGAUGAGAAGCUCGAGUGUUGA